AUGGCCGACCCUUUAUCGAUUACAGCGAGCAUCAUUGCGGUGAUGGGUGCUUGCGCGGCAUGUACUAAAACAAUAAAUUUAAUUAUUCAAACAUCUCACAAGGCUCCUGUGGAGGUUCAGUCGCUUAACAACGAGUUAAACGAGUCGUUCAUACUCCUGGCUCGUGUUGAGGAAUCACACCGCAAAGCGCAAAACGCACAAGCAUCUGUGGCGGUAGCGACUGGGAAUACACAGGCACCAUUGAAAUGGGAUGAGGAUCUGAUAAAAGUAUUGGAUAGGGCACAAAAAUGGAUAUCAAAGUUGGAAAAGUUUUUGAAUGAGGUGGCUACGGCCCAAUCCUCGGGGAGGACGAAGCUGGUUUUCCUUUGGCUCAAACGUCAGGACGACGUGAUUAGAUACAAGGAUAAUAUAAAGCAGUUGCGGGUGGAUCUGCAAUUACUAUUAUCGACUCAUAUCUUAGAUGCUUCAUCCCGAAUCGAGCUAUCCGUUACCGAAAUUAGUCUACAAUCGGCCAACAUAGAACAGUCACAGAAGACGUUAAUCAAUCAUACUACUCACCUAACACAUACGCAAUCUCAGUUACAAGCAUCGGUCGAUCAAUUGUCAAAGCCUACGCAGACCCUUAUCGACAAACAGGACCAGAUCCUUCAAAAUGUUCAGGACCUGAUACAGAUAUUCUACAAUUCAAGCCCGAAUAUCACUAGCGCUUCGUUUCAGAAUACCAAUUCGAACUCAACUAGCACGAGCACCUACUUUAAAGUCACCGCUAAGGCAGUUGGCUGCUCCUCGUACUGUCUCUGCGCAUGCCAUCGUCGUAGCAGCAUUUCCACUCCAGCUAUCUUCCGUCAGAUACUCGGUUUCUUAUUUAUCGGUUACGUAGGAUCGCCGGUAUUCAAAACUACAAAAUGUACGCAAAAGAAAUGCAAGGGUCAGAGUCAGUCGUCGAUACAGGUCAUAUAUUACUUCCCAACGUGGUGGAUGAACCGGGUUCUUGUCGGCGCAGCAAACGUCAGUAAUCAGGGGAUAUCAAACGCACGACUCACAACCCACGCCCGACUCAGGAUGAGCCCUGAAACAAUAAUGUGGGGUGCAGCGUGGAACGACUUGGAGCGUAUCAAACUCCUGCUGCAGAACCGAAUGGCUAGACCGAAUGAUAUGGAUUAUGAGGGCGGUGUCUCGGCGUUAAACUAUGCAGUAGUGAACAGCCGGCCAGAAGUGUGCCAGUUCUUGCUCCAAUGGGGCGCCGACCCAAAUUUAAAAAAUGAUUUUGGAAUGACUCCUGCCCAGAACGCCUGUAGCCUCGUUUUGGGAAACAAAAACCCCAGCCCGGAAAUCAGAGCGAUCGCCGAAUUGUUCGAUAUCAACGAUUAUAUCGAACAAGAAGAGUUCACGUACAUUCACAAGAUUGUGUUUCAGGUUGCUGUGGGCAGCCUUGAUGAACAACUGCAAUGCUCCACAAGCUCAAUUGAUGUCCCAGAUGCAUCGGGCAGAACACCGAUAUGGUGGGCAGCAAGCAGAGGGGAUAUCGAGCAAGUCAAGAUCCUGAUUCAUCAUGGAGCAGACUUGGACACUCAGGAUAAGCGUGGUCACGCAGCACUGCACAGAGCCGCUGAAAAUGGCCAUCUUGAAUGUGUUCAGGCUCUGUUGGCGGCUGGCGCAAACCACAAUGUGAGGGAUCUCACAGGAGCUCUACCAUUAUCGGUUUGGGCUUGGGGUUCAUUUGAGGAUAUUGAAGCCGGUAUUUCUAUCGGUAGAAGCCUUAUCCAAGCAGGAACCGAUCCGAAUAUAGGCGACCAAGACCAAGUCACACCACUCAUGAACGCAGCGAGUUAUGAUGCCCACCAUCAUGCACGUUUUCUGCUAGAAAACGGAGCGGAUCCAGAUAAACUGAACCGUGUGGUUGAACCGGCCCUGAAAUACGCAGUUGAACACAACGGCCAUGAGGUCCUCAAAGUUUUACACGAAUAUGGCGCGAAGUGUUUUUUUGCUGGCGAGUACGUUAACGUUCGCGGCGAAAAACUAACGAGUAACAUACUCCACACAGCCGCGGAGACUGGAGACUUAGAGACCCUCAAGGUUUUGGAACUAUUUGCCGAAAAUCUUUGCAAGCUCGACCCGAAUGAGCCGGGAUACGCCGACGAAGGGACAGCGACCGCUCUAGAGCUUGCGGCAAAGAGGGAAGAUAUACCCGGGUUCUUGGAUGCGUUUAAAAAUUUGCUCAAGUUCCUAGCUGAAUACAAAGAAGAAAGUGGGAAGGUGGUUGCUGAACACAACGAAGACAAGCCCCAAGAAUGUCAAAAAUUUAGGGUCACAGGUAUUAACUUGAGUCCUGGCGAGCUAACGGCAUUGCAAGUGCUUCUUGCAUAUUGGCGACGCGAUGGCCUUACCAAAAAUAUCAGCACCUGA